CCCUUGUCCUAGAUAUUCUGGUCCACGCUUCUGAAUGAACCACUACGUUGACGCGAUGUCUUCAUUGAGACACGUCAAAGCCAGUGAUCACGGACAAAAGCACAGUUAUGAAUUCACCAGAGUCGCUGGAACCGGCGCCGCAAUCGGCUUCUGUGGAGGACGUCAAGACUGCACGACGGCGUCGAGAAAAACCUCAAUUGUCAUGUAAUUUGUGCAGGAAAAGGAAGUUGAGAUGUGAUCGCAGGCAGCCGUGCCACAAUUGCGACCAUCGUGGUCUUGCCGAUACAUGUGCAUACGCGCAUAGCAGUCUUCCGAAGUCUUCAUCGUCGAGAUCUCCGACGCAGCUGUCGGCGCCAACCGUACGCGACCGAGUCAGGCAGUUGGAGGGUCAAGUUGUCCGCUUGAUGGGCGCAUUGAACGACGCCUCCGAACAUGCUCAAGCUGGCGCUGCAGCUGCGACAUCCUCUUCAGAAAUGUCCCCCGGUAACAGCCAUGGAGACCCAACUAUUUCAGAUCCUCCAGGUGCAUCAUUCCCGGGAGAGCCGGGCCAUAUUGAUUACUCACCUUCGAGCAUUAACUACGUGGGCAACACUCACUGGCUUUCCAUGUUAGAGAACAUCCCUGAGCUGAACGAGGUCCUAAGAGAAUGCAAGCAAGAUUACGUCGCUGCGCAAAGCUCAAUGUCACGGAUCCCGAAUCUCCUCUCAGGCUCAUUCCAGCAGAUCGGCCGAGCAGAAAUCCUUACCGCCAUCCCGUCCAGAAACAUCGUGGAUACUCUAGUAUCAGAGGCUUUCGUGAACACCGACAAUGAAUGUAUGAUAGUCCACCCUCCGACCUUUCGCAAGGAGUAUAUGCAAUUCUGGGUUGAUCCAUCUUCUACGCCAAUCAUGUGGAUCGGUCUUUUAUUCGCCCUGAUGUGCCUGGCGAUUCAGUAUCAGCAAUUUUCGCCGGACGAGUCUCGCAGACUCCAGAUUGCAGACGCCAAUCCCGACCAGCUUAUCGCGAGCUUUCACAUGAAGGCCGCUCAAUGCCUUUUCCUGGGCAAAUAUCUGGAAGCUCCGCAAUACGCGGUGGAGACGCUACUGCUGCAUCUUUUCGCGGAGAAUCUCGAGGGCGACCAUAACGAGACCACGAACAGCUGCUGGGCUCUGUGGGGCCUUGUUGUCCGCAUUGCCCUGCGCUCUGGAUAUCACCGCGAUGGCUCGUAUUUCCCAAGCAUCUCGCCGUUCGAGGCGGAAUUGAGACGAAGGACGUGGACAAUCAUCGUGCAAUGGGAUAACUUUUUGUCUUUACAAUUCUGUCUGCCGCGGAUGGUCGUGCAGUCGCAGUCGGAUACGGCGGAGCCUCGAAACCUGUUGGAAGAAGACUUUGAUAAUAACAUGCUUGAGCUGCCUCCCGCGAGGCCAGCGUCGGUGAAGACGAAUGCACGGUUCCACACGGACAAGAACAGAUUACUCGCGGUCGGCGGUGCAAUCGCCGACGUGUCUGGUGCACUUCGGCCGCCACCGAUUGCGGAGGUGCUUAGACUGGACGAUCUGCUCACAGAGACAUACGAGUCAGUGGCACCGUUGUGGCAGUCAGAUGCCGCCGUUUCGGCGACAGUGCGGUAUACACAGCGUGCGAGUGGCAGUGUGCGAAGUAUAUUUCUGGCUAGCAUAUACUGCAGGUCGCAAAUCACUCUGCACCAGCGGUAUCUGGUCCCUGGCAAGACGAUUACUCAAUAUGCCAGAUCCAGGAAGACGUGUAUCGAGGCGGCGCUGACCAUGCUGCAACACCAGUGGACUUUAUACCUCGAGACGCAGGUUGGAGGACCGCUAUGUCGGCAUGGCUGGAAGUUUUUGUCCUUGCUCACGCAAGAUUUCCUCUUCGCGACGGCAUUGUUGUGCGCCGAGCUCGCGCAGGAUAUGGGAGACGAUGCGUCUGGGUCUUCUGGCGAAGAGUACACAAGACAAUCCGAGGAGGAUAAGGAAACGAGGAGCAGAGUGUUUCACUCACUGAGCAGUGCGUAUAUUGUCUGGCUGCAGUCAAGAAACUACGACUCCUCACGGGCAGUCAGAACAAUGGUCGCUGCGUUGAAAGAGUUGUUGAGAAGAGCGCAGGGCGCUGGAUAUGCGGUCGCGAAGGCUCCAUCAUCUGCGACUGUUCGAAGUGUUCAGUCGCAAGAACAUGCGCCUACAAUAGCGACGCCUGACUCCGCGCCAGACUCUGGGCGAUGGGGAGGUCCUCCAGGGAUGUAUCAUAGCAUUGCGCUGUUCCCGAUAUGAGGGUAUGCGUUAGCUUAAAUACUUUUCAUCUCAUGACACG